CAUGUGCGUAUGUACAUUCUUGUGUCAUACUGCGCGAAGGUGUGUGUGAUUGUGUACAGUAUGCUUACAUGGGUACCUAUAGAAGCUUCACGGAGAGCGUGUCGUUUAAAACAAACGUAGCGUAGGUCCUUCAUUGCCUGCCGUCGCUUCCUGGUUUCAAAGCGAACAUGGCGGCUGUUAGUAAGUAUCUGACAGCCGGCAAUUCCUCCAUCGCAGGUGCACUGCUGUUCGCCCUGUACGUUUUGAAACAACGACUGUCCUCGGACACGACUGGAGAGAAUGGGACAUCAAAACCCCUCCUUGACAAUAAUAAGGAUGGGAAAACAGACAAGGCUGCUGUGGACAAGGUGUUCUUCAUCCGCAUUUGUCAUAUCAUGAAAAUCCUAGUGCCACAGACCAUUUGCAAAGAAUCAGGAUAUUUGCUGCUUAUUGCAUUCAUACUCAUGGCUCGGACCUACUGUGAUGUCUGGAUGAUCCAUAAUGGGACCAUGAUUGAGAGUGCAAUUAUUGGACGGUCGACAAGUGCUUUCAAAAGAUGCUUGGUCAACUUUAUCACAGUCAUGCCUUUUAUAUCACUAGUAAACAACUUCCUAAAGCUGGGACUCAAUGAGCUGAAGCUUUGCUACAGAGUGAGACUUACCAAUCACCUUUACAAUGAAUACUUGAUGGGGUUCACAUACUACCAAAUUGGCAAUCUGGACAACCGCAUUUCCAACCCUGACCAGCUGAUAACUCGGGACGUGGAGAAGUUUUGUAACAGUGUGGUAGAUCUUUAUUCCAACAUCAGCAAGCCUUUGCUAGACAUAUUGAUCUACGUCUUCAAACUGAACACAUCCAUCGGUGCUCUUGGACCUGCGAGUUUGUUGGGCUAUCUGGUUAUGUCCAGUCUGUUCCUGACAAGACUGCGAAGGCCGAUCGGUAAGAUGACGGUAACCGAGCAGAGUUAUGAGGGGGAGUACAGAUACAUUAACUCUCGCCUCAUCACUAACAGUGAAGAGAUUGCAUUCUACAAUGGGAACAGGAGAGAAAGGCAAACCAUUAAUGCAAUCUUCCAGAAACUGGUUGACCACUUGAGUCGUUUCAUACACUUCCGUUUCUCAAUGGGCGUCAUGGACAGCAUCAUAGCCAAAUACAUAGCAAUGGGGGUGGGUUAUCUGGUUAUUAGCCGGCCAUUCCUGGAUGUCACAAAUAAGCGGCAUUGUAACAGCACGUAUUCUGAGCGGCUUGAGGAUUACUACCAGAGUGGGCGGAUGUUGAUGAGUUUGGCACAGGCCCUGGGAAGGAUCGUCCUGGCAGGCAGAGAGAUGUCCAGAUUGUCCGGGUUCACUGCACGAAUCACAGAAAUUCAGGAAGUUCUCAAAGAGCUGAAUUCAGGCAGAUAUGAACGGACCAUGGUCUCGGCGCGAGCUAAAGAUACGACAGAAGAGAAUGUCCCUCUAAUCCCUGGGAGAGGAGAAAUCCUCAUAGCUGACAACAUUAUAAAGUUUGAACACAUACCUUUAGCAACGCCCAAUGGAGACAUUCUCAUCCGUGAUUUAUCAUUUGAGGUGUCAUCAGGGACAAAUGUGUUGGUCUGUGGUCCAAAUGGCUGUGGAAAGAGUUCACUCUUUAGAGUACUAGGAGAGCUGUGGCCUCUGUAUGGAGGACGCCUCACGAAACCAGAGAGAGGAAAGCUGUUCUAUGUUCCUCAGAGGCCAUACAUGACCCUGGGUUCUCUAAGAGAUCAGGUGAUUUAUCCAGACACACAUGUAGACCAAAUGAAGAAAGGAACAUCUGAUAAGGUGCUGAGGGAAUACCUGGACAAUGUCCAGCUGGGACAUAUUUUGGACUGAGAAGGCAGCUGGGAAAGUGUGCAAGACUGGAUGGAUGUUCUCAGCGGAGGAGAGAAGCAGAGGAUGGCUAUGGCUCGUUUGUUUUACCACAAGCCACAGUUUGCGAUUCUGGAUGAGUGCACCAGUGCUGUGAGCGUUGAUGUGGAGGACUUCAUCUACAGCCACUGCCGGAAGGUUGGCAUCACGCUGUUCACAGUCUCCCAUAGGAAGUCACUAUGGAAACACCACGAGUAUUACUUGCACAUGGACGGCAGAGGCAACUACAAGUUUAAACCAAUAACAAAGGAAACGGUGGAGUUUGGCUCAUAAUAAUGACAUGGGGUCUUAUUCAUGAAAACAAUUCUGUGUACAUUACUGAUUAAAUUUUGCUCAUGUAAAUUGUUACACUGAAUUGAAUUUUAUAUCAGAAUGUUUUUAUGAAGGAGGUCCAUUUCGCUAGAUGUUUGGACCUGAAGCAAUAUCAUUCUGUGAUUCUUAACCCUCUACAUAUAUACAAUACAUUGUGUUACAACUUCUUUUCCUCAUUUCAGGGAAAGGAUUGAAACUCUUAUGGAUAAAAUGUCUCUCAGGGAGAUGUUCAAGUACUGUGCAUUAUCUGAAAAGAUAUGUGUAUAAAGCUAAGAUUGGGUUUGAUAUAUUUAAGAAUCAAGCAUUUGUAAUGUAAAAGUAGUGUUUUUAUUGGUCCUCGAUUUGACGACAUGAACUAGAAUAUUGAAAUGACGCUUAAAUUUUAUCAUCACUGGGUUUUUUUAUUCGAAAUUGUCCAUAACAUACUGCUGUGUGCCACUUGUAUAGUUAGCUAUGUGGAAACUGUAUUAUUUAAGUCUGCUUAUUUAUGUCAUGCAAAAUUAAUUAGGAUAUAAAUAAGCAUGAAUGCCUGUAAACUAGAUAUUUAUAUUUGCGCAUACACGGUGCCUUACAAAAGCAGACCAGAAUUAGCAAAAUUACAAAACUUACAUGUGUGAAAUUUUUGUUUAAAGCACACCAAAUGACUUGACAUGUACUGUGCAUACAGUGUGCACAAUUCAGGGCUUAAUGUAUCUCCGGCUUGCGGCGUUUGACUGCGAAAAAAAUAUUUACAUUUAAAAAUAUUACAUUUAAAAAGCUUAUUGAUAUCAGUUCGAGUUCAUAAGUUCGCCUACCAAUGGUAUGAGAGGAACACGGCUAUCACCCUCAACCAAACAACAUUACUAGCCAAUCAGAAUUAAAAUGGGGCGGGUCUUGGUUUCCGGAGUGGAGACGGCACGUUGGAGAGUACGUUAGUCGGCAGGAUCGAGAGUACGUUUAUAAAGCCUAAGCGGGGGCAGCUUUUAAGUCCAUUAUGACAAAUAUGACAUGCACAAAUUGGAUCUUUAUGACUGUGACAUAAAUAUCGAUAACUUUGUGUUGUUUCGGCAAAUCAUCUAAUCAGACCUCCACUUCUGCGCGCGACGCGCGCGCUAACUGCGAUUGAGAUAUCGAGGAUCGAUUUCUAAAGCAUCUAAAUCGUUUUCGAACUUUUUCACAGCUUAUUGCACCCAUCUCACAGAGUUAAGUCAUAAACAUGGUCGUUUUUGUCUGAAGUCAGCGUAAAAAGAUGAGAAAGAAAACGGAUGUCAAUACAUUAGUGACAGCAGCCUCCUGCUAUUCUAUGUGGUUUAAAUGACUCAAUCAAAUGGAAAGAGAAGCACUCACUGCUGACUCCGUAACCUUUGUAGCUUUAAUAGGAAUUUAUAUUGUUUUCGUUUCACAGUUUGUAGUGCAAAAUUUGCCAGUAGGAGUUUAAAAAUGGAAAAUAAAUCUGCCUCCACUGAUCAUUAUUAAAAAAUAAAUAAACAAGCUCAAAAAGGU